UCCAUCCACACGUUAAAUUAGAAAAUCUUCAGAUCUACAACCGCCUUUGUUUCAGUCACAUGGUACACGAGCAUCUAUACAACUCUUUGCUAAUUACUUCCUACUUUUUCUUCAUAUUUCUACACUCUUCUUUCGAUCUUUCUCACGGUUAUUCACUCUUCUUCAGAUAUGGGAGAUAAAUUUCGGUUAGAAGAAGAAGAUAAGGGUAUGUUAGAGAGUGUAUUGGGUCAAGAAGCUUUAAGUUUCUUGUUAUGGUCAGCUUCAAAUAAGGUUCCUGAUGAAUUCAGGUCAAAAACAAGGGAUUUAGGGGUUCAAGAUGGUCUUCACAAGAUUCUCGAGGGGUUGGAUUGGAAUUACGCCAUUUUCUGGCAAGUUUCGAAUUCGAAAUCCGGGAAAUCGGCUUUGGUUUGGGGCGACGGGCAUUAUAAAGAGUCGAAAGGAAGUGAUGCUCAUGAAAGACGGGGUGAAGACGUUAGGAAAAAGAUGGUUCUUCAGAAGCUUCAUUCGUGGUUUAAGGCACCCGAGGAAGGAAAUCUUCAGUUGAAAAUGGAUUUAGUUUCCGAUUUAGCGAUGUUUUAUUUAACCUCGAUGUUUUAUUUGUUCCCGUUUGAUAAACCGUCUAGCCCGUCUCAGUCGUUUAACACGAGUCGCUCCGUUUGGGUUUCUGAUGCCAAAAGUUGUGAAGAACAUUACCAAUCAAGAUCGUUUUUAGCAAAAUUGUCUCGGUUUCAAACCCUAGUUCUUGUUCCGGUUAAAAAAGGAGUCUUGGAAGUCGGUUCUUUUAAGUCAAUCCCGGAAGACCAAAGCUUUAUUACGUCGGUCAAAACUUUGUUUAAUGAAUGCCACCCGAAAGUAUUACCUAAAAUCUUUGGUCAAGAACUAAGUCUCGGUGGUGGUGGUUGCGGUGGCGGUGCUGCAAAAUCCGGUCCGAUCAGCAUUAACUUCGCACCAAAAGUCGAAGACGAUUUGGAUUUCAGGGGUGAAUCGUACGCGAUACAAAAUCAUGUUUAUUCUGGGAAUUCAUCAAACGGGCAUAGAAUCGAGCCGGGAAUGAACCACGUGAUUGGUGGAGUAUUGAAUUCACAACCAAUAAUAUCGGCUCUAGAUCAAUCUAAUCAAGAUUCAAACUUGAUGGAUAGAAAACCGAGAAAACGGGGUAGAAAACCCGCAAACGGGAGAGAAGAACCAUUGAAUCACGUAGAAGCCGAGCGACAAAGACGUGAGAAGCUAAACCAACGAUUCUACGCGUUACGAGCCGUGGUCCCAAAUAUUUCAAAAAUGGAUAAAGCGUCACUUCUUGGUGACGCGAUCUCAUACAUAACCGAUCUUCAAUCCAAGAUAAGAAUCUUGGAAACCGAAAAGGAGGUCAACUGUCAACCCGAGGUUGACUUCAUGGCUAGAAAAGACGACUCUGUUAUUCGAGUUAGUUGCCCGAUAGACGAUCAUCCGGUUGCACAGGUUUUAAAGACGUUUAAGGAACAUGAAAUGGUAAUUAACGACACAAAUGUUUCAACUACCGAAAAUGGGAAAGUGAUACAUACAUUUUUGUUUAAAGCUCUUGGUGGUGCUGGUGCUGCGGAACAGUUGAAGGAGAAGCUGGAUUCGGCUUUUUCAGACUGAGUCAGGUGUUCAAACUUGUUUGUAAGAUAAAAUCUUGCGUAAUCUUGAUCCGGGUAUCGUUAUUUUGCAAGUUUUUUAGUUUCUGACUUGUUAUAUAGAUAGAUCAAUGUGUCGUCUGUUAAAGAUAUCUAUAGAAAUCAAAAGUUGCAAGAUUUGUUAUAACGAAAUGGUGAAAGUUAUGAAACCGACAAUCAAAUCUUCCGGUUUUAGAACA